GCGGGCAAAUAUGCAUACAAUGGAUAUGCAGGGAGGUGAGAGGGUUAUGUUGAAGAGUGGGGAUAUGCAGGGAGGUGAGAGGGUUAUGUUGAAGAGUGGGGAUAUGCAGGGAGGUGAGAGGGUUAUGUUGAAGAGCGGGGAUAUGCAGGGAGGUGAGAGGGUUAUGUUGAAGAGCGGGGAUAUGCAGGGAGGUGAGAGGGUUAUGUUGAAGAGUGGGGGUAUGCAGGGAGGUGAGAGGGUUAUGUUGAAGAGUGGGGAUAUGCAGGGAGGUGAGAGGGUUAUGUUGAAGAGCGGGGAUAUGCAGGGAGGUGAGAGGGUUAUGUUGAAGAGUGGGGAUAUGCAGGGAGGUGAGAGGGUUAUGUUGAAGAGUGGGGAUAUGCAGGGAGGUGAGAGGGUUAUGUUGAAGAGUGGGGAUAUGCAGGGAGGUGAGAGGGUUAUGUUGAAGAGUGGGGAUAUGCAGGGAGGUGAGAGGGUUAUGUUGAAGAGUGGGGAUAUGCAGGGAGGUGAGAGGGUUAUGUUGAAGAGUGGGGAUAUGCAGGGAGGUGAGAGGGUUAUGUUGAAGAGUGGGGAUAUGCAGGGAGGUGAGAGGGUUAUGUUGAAGAGUGGGGAUAUGCAGGGAGGUGAGAGGGUUAUGUUGAAGAGUGGGGAUAUGCAGGGAGGUGAGAGGGUUAUGUUGAAGAGUGGGGAUAUGCAGGGAGGUGAGAGGGUUAUGUUGAAGAGUGGGGAUAUGCAGGGAGGUGAGAGGGUUAUGUUGAAGAGUGGGGAUAUGCAGGGAGGUGAGAGGGUUAUGUUGAAGAGUGGGGAUAUGCAGGGAGGUGAGAGGGUUAUGUUGAAGAGCGGGGAUAUGGAGGGAGGUGAGAGGGUUAUGUUGAAGAGUGGGGAUAUGCAGGGAGGUGAGAGGGUUAUGUUGAUAGAUGGAGACUCUAGCACCGAUGAUUGCAGGAGUCUCACCCAUAAUGUUGUUACUUAUGUCUCUCCAGCUGACAUGUUAAUAACUCUUAGAUGAGGUUGAUGUCUUGUAAUUAUCAGAAUAUAUCGGUGUACAAUAACACCCAGUUCACAGAUCCAAAUUGUUCAGAGGUGAUGUCACUUAAAAACGUCAGAUAUUUUUGUCUUCACCAUUUUAUUUGUUGUUGAACU